AUGGACAAACGACACCCGAGCUCUUUCCAGCAGCUGGAGAAGCUGGGAGAAGGAACAUAUGCUACGGUUUUCAAAGGAAGGAAUAGGCAGACUGGAGAGUUGGUGGCACUAAAAGAAAUCCACCUGGACUCUGAAGAAGGAACACCGUCGACAGCUAUCCGCGAGAUCUCGUUGAUGAAGGAACUGAAGCACGAAAACAUCGUCAGCCUUCAUGAUGUUAUUCAUACCGAGAAUAAGUUAAUGCUAGUUUUCGAGCAUAUGGAUAAAGAUUUGAAAAAGUACAUGGACACCCAAGGCGACCGAGGAGCGUUGAACCCCGUCACGAUCAAGUCUUUCAUGCACCAGCUGCUUCUAGGUAUCGAUUUCUGCCAUACCAAUCGAGUUCUACACAGAGAUUUGAAGCCUCAAAAUCUUCUGAUUAAUACCAAAGGACAAUUGAAGCUUGCAGAUUUCGGUCUUGCCAGAGCUUUCGGUAUUCCAGUCAACACAUUCUCGAAUGAGGUCGUCACUCUAUGGUACAGAGCGCCAGACGUUCUUCUUGGAAGUCGAACGUACAGUACUAGCAUUGACAUCUGGUCUGCGGGAUGUAUUAUGGCGGAGAUGUAUACGGGACGACCACUUUUCCCAGGUACUACCAACGAAGACCAACUUGUCCGUAUUUUCCGCAUUAUGGGUACACCUUCCGAACGUACAUGGCCAGGAAUUUCCUCAUAUACCGAGUACAAAACGAAUUUCCAGAUGUACGCUACUCAAGAUCUCCGAGUCAUCCUUCCACAGAUUGACCCAUCUGGAAUCGACCUCUUGCAACGUAUGCUCCAGCUACGACCCGAACUACGUAUCUCAGCAGCUGAUGCGCUAAACCAUCCAUGGUUCAACGAUGUAAUUCCACAAAUGCGACAGCAACCCCCUCAACAAAUUCCGGGUCAAAUGCCAAUCCAACAACGAGGUUAUGCGCAGCAUCCAGUAAAUAUGGUCGCACCAGGCGGAUAUGACGGAUACUAA